AUGGUACUUAAAUCAAAUACUAAUAAUCAUCCUUGCAAGCGAGUUAAGAAACAUCCAUCGUUAAAGACCCUAACGCAUAAGCAAAUACAUACAACGAUCUUCGUUAAGUCGACAACACCAUAUGUAAGUGCGCUGAAAAGAAUCAAUAAGUUCCUCGAUGGUGUCCAUAAGCACGGAUCAUCGUAUGUUGCGGUUUUAGGUAUGGGUAAAGCUGUCGAAAAGACGCUGGCAUUAGGAUGUCAUUUCCAAGAUAACAAGAACAAGAGAAUAGAAGUUUUCACUAAAACUAUAGAGGUCCUCGAUGAAGUAGUAAUUCAAGACCAUGUGGAUAUCGAAACUGAGAAUGAUGUUGAAGAUGAUGAUAAGGAAACCCAGCUCAAGAAAAGGACAGUGAGCGGCGUAGAGUUGCGUAUUUACGUAUAA